UCAGCAGGAUCCCCCAGAUCAUCUUACACCGGAUAGACCGCCUGCAGGAUUAUGUUGGAAAAGAGGAGGAAUUCUCUGACCAGCAGCUCUGUGGACAGGAGAGGAAAGCCAGUUUGGACCAAGAGGAAUCGGAACAUCCGCAGAUUAAAGAAGAGCAUCAAAAGCCAGAACAUCCCUGGACAAAAGAGGAAACCAUGGAGCUCCCCAUAAGUGAGCAGAAAGAGCAGCUUGUUCUGAUGCACGAGAUUAAAGAUACAAGAGAGAAACCUUUCCCAUGUUUGACAUGUGGAGAAAACUUUCUUAAAAAAGAGCAUUUAUUGGUUCAAACGAGAACUCACACAGGUCAGAGGUUUUAUUGUCUGUCCUGUGGAAAAUUUUUCACAAAGAAAUCUUGUCUUGAUACACAUAUGAUAAUUCACACUGGUGAGAAGCCUUUUUCCUGUACCAUUUGUUACAAGAAUUUUACUCAAAAGAGUAAUUUGACUACUCACAUGAGAAUUCACACAGGUGAGAAGCCUUUUGAAUGUCUGUCCUGUGGAAAAAGCUUCACUAAUAAAUCUCAUCUUGAUACACACAUCAGAAUUCACACAGAUGAGAAGCCCUUUAAAUGUCUGUCCUGUGGAAAAAGCUUCACUAACAAAUCUAAUCUUGAUAAACACAUCAGAAUUCACACAGAUGAGAAGCCUUUUUGCUGUAACAUUUGUAACAAGAAAUUUACUCAGAAGGGUAGUUUGACUUCUCACAUGAGAAUUCACACUGGUGAGAAGCCUUUUUCUUGUAACAUUUGUAACAACAAAUUUAAUCAAAAGAGUAGUUUGACUUCUCACAUGAGAAUUCACACAGGUGAGAAGCCUUUUGAAUGUCUGUCCUGUGGAAAAAGCUUCACUAACAAAUUUAAUCUUGUUACACACAUCAGAGUUCACACUGGUGAGAAGCCUUUUUCUUGUACCAUUUGUAACACUAAAUUUAAUCAGAAGAGUAGUUUGACUUUUCACAUGAGAAUUCACAAAGGUGAGAAGCCUUUUGAAUGUCUGUCCUGUGGAAAAGGCUUCAAUGACAAAUCUAAUCUUGAUAAACACAUCAGAAUUCACACUGGUGAGAAGCCUUUUUCUUGUACCAUUUGUAACGAUAAAUUUACUCAAAAGAGUAAUUUGACUACUCACAUGAAAAUUCACACAGGUGUGAAGCCCUUUGAAUAAGUCACAGCAGCUAGAUGCCACAGGAAUGAAAUGUAGAGGUGUUUACCAUGUUUGACUGGUGAUAAAAUGUCCAUCUAGAAACUCCUUCACCUCAUUACAUGAGAAACUCACGAGUCAAAGUCCUUUUUUUGAGGCAAGUUUUGAGAAAGCCAUUAAUUAACAGCUCUGUUUA